GCAACGGGCAAGAUAUUUCGAGGUUCGCUGCUGACUGUGGGAUAUACGGAAGACUUAUCGAGCUUGCGCGAUUGCCGUACCGGCUACUUUCACUCACGACGUUUCGAGAGUUUGAGUGAAGGUAUAUUCCGCCUCCUAUGUCUUUGCUGCAUUAUCAGCGGUAAUACUGACUAUGAACUAUUACAUUGGACGCUGGAUAGGUGAGAGAUCCUGGUUCAAGAGAUUAUACGAUCGGGUCUCUUUUACCAGGCCCCUGGGCUUCUGACCGCGGGCUUCCCUCCCAAGUAUAUAAAGAGCCACCUAGUGCCCUUUCUCAACUUCCUCCAGCCUCUCCUCUCCCAAUCCCCUAGAAACGCUCCCUACCAGCUGAAAGCUUCACCAAGAAUCCAUCAUUGCCAUUCCCAGUCCGUUAGCAAAUCAAGGUCAGUAGAUUGCCCCUCACAUAAUAGAACAGAAAGUUAAUAUUCCCAGCCAUGGGAAGACGAAACCCGCGAUAUACCCGCUCAGAGCUCAUCGCCUUGCUCAAGAAACAGUGCCCAGAAGCCUACGAAGCGCUCCCUCCUCAAGACUCGUUCACGUUCGAGGAAGAAGAUGGAAAGCAACACCUGCACGUAGGCCACUUGAAAGGCUCCCGCAUUUGGGUGCGCUUCCCCGAUCAGGAUAGCAAAUGGAAGAAUGAGAAUUGGUUGUCGUUCACCUCUGCCGGCGGCCACCUCCGACGCACUGCCGACUUCGGCAAGAGGGGCAUCACUUGGCUGGCUCCAUUCUGCCACCUGUUGCCGGCUCAGCACGCGUAUCCUUGGUGCGAUGGGAUGCGGGCUCUGGUCAUCUGUGUCUUCGUUCUGUGCGGGAAGAGGCCCGAGUUCAAUGACUUUCGCAAUGGCGGUGGGUCGGAUGCCCUCGUUAGAGUCUUACGGGGCGUCUCUCCGCUUCUCCUGCGAGACAAGGCACUGGCGAAAGAGAAGCAACUGGCGAACGAGAAGCAACUAGCGAACGAGAAGCAACCAGCGAACGAGAAGCAACCAGCGAACGAGAAGCAACUGGCGAACGAGAAGCAACUAGCGAACGAGAAGCAACCAGCGAACGAGAAGCAACCAGCGAACGAGAAGCAACUGGCGAGCGAAAAGCAACUGGCGAGCGAGAAGCAACUAGCGAAAGAAAAGCAACAGAAACAUGAAGAACCAGUAUCCCCGGCUGCGACUGAUGGUGCAAACAUUCAGCAGAAGGCGAAUCCCGCUACGCCAUCCAUCAAGGAUCCGAAAAUCAGCGACCCGCUUGGAGGGAGCACGAUGGUCAAGAAUGAACCACAAGCCACCACGGUUGAAGAGAAGGCGUGCGUCAAGAAGGACCCUGACGAGCCUCCCAUUUCCAGCGCUACACAGCCCAUCAAGCAAGAUCCCGAUGCCGUGUCUCCCUCUGAGGAAAAGCCGGCCAUGAAGACCGAAUCGGGAGUUGGCGAGAAGCCGCGUUUGAAGAACUCUACAUCCGAGGAUACCUCGGCUUCGAUGAAGCGAUCAUACUGUCAAUUCCUCGAGGGCCAGCAAGACUGA